CAGUUGUUAUUAGAUCGGUUGUCAGUGCCGUGUCAAUUUGACGUGUCUUGGGUUCUUAUUGUGUUCGUCGGUUGUGUUCCUCUUACACCCUCGAUUUAUCACUUUGUGGUUCUUUUUCUGAAUUGAUUUCAUCCAGUGAUUAGUUAAAAUGGCAAGUGCAGCGAGUUCAUCGACAGAGAUUCCCCCCAAACAUCACGCCGACGGGCGUAAGGUCGCGCUGAUAACCGGCAUCACGGGACAGGACGGUUCCUAUCUUUGCGAACUCUUGUUAUCAAAAGAUUAUGAAGUUCACGGUAUAAUUAGGCGUUCCAGCUCAUUCAGCACGUCAAGAAUACACCAUUUAUAUGCGGAUCCGAAGUCCCAUAAAGAAGGAAAGAUGAAGUUACAUUACGGCGACAUGACCGACAGUAGUAGUUUAGUGAAGAUCAUAACCCUUGUUCGGCCGUCAGAAAUCUACAAUUUGGCUGCCCAGAGCCAUGUCAAAAUAUCAUUUGAUUUGAGCGAAUACACGGCUGAAGUUGACGCUGUAGGAACACUGCGUUUACUAGACGCUAUCCGCACUUGUGGUCUCGAAAAACAAGUCCGAUUCUAUCAGGCAUCUACGUCUGAAUUGUAUGGUAAAGUGGUUGAAACGCCACAAAAUGAGAAGACUCCAUUCUAUCCAAGAUCACCGUAUGCUUGCGCAAAAAUGUAUGGAUUUUGGAUAUGCAUAAACUACCGUGAGGCGUACAACAUGUUUGCUUGCAAUGGUAUCCUCUUCAAUCAUGAAUCACCCCGACGAGGCGAAAAUUUUGUCACACGCAAGAUUACACGAUCAGUGGCCAAAAUCGAACUAGGCCAACUUGAGUGCUUCGAGUUGGGCAACUUGUCUUCGAAACGUGAUUGGGGUCACGCAAAGGACUAUGUUGAAGCGAUGUGGCUGAUGCUUCAACAGGAUAAACCCGAAGACUUUGUUAUAGCAACUGGUGAAACUCACAGCGUUCGAGAGUUUGUGGAAGCUUCGUUUAAAUACGUUGGGCGAAGUAUAGAAUGGCGCGGUGAAGGUAUCAACGAGAUCGGAGUAGAAACAGUGGAUGGAAAGGAAAUUGUUCGGGUUCGAGUGAAUCCGAAGUAUUUCCGCCCAACGGAAGUGGACUUUUUGCUGGGCGAUGCAACGAAAGCGAAGACGGAAUUGAAUUGGAAGCCGAAGAUAUCUUUUGAAGAACUUGUUCGAGAUAUGAUGGAAGCUGAUCUGAAGUUGAUGCGAAGCAAUCCAAUGGCCUAAAUAAUUGGAAUGCUUGGUUUAUUUCCAGCGGCGAUUAGCUUUUGUAAAACGGAACCUAACGUCAAUAGAUUGCACAAAAUGAUGAUCUAGAUAGAUUUUUACUUCACAUAUUGCAUACAUAGUUUGUUUUCUACUUUUAAAAAUAAUUUGACAGUGACAGUCUUGUAUAUAAUAUCCUAUGUACGAUUCUUGGAAUUUUUAUAAUUAGUAGUAUUUGAGGAAACUCCAUAAUCACGAGAAUGACUGUAUAUAGCUCCUUAUGAAGAUUAGUGAAGUAGAAAUCUUAUGACUACCUGAGUUUGACUGGCUAUAACAAACGCUGCCAAUAUGGAUAAAAAGAUAAUCAGGGGAAAUUAAAGAUAAUUGUCUAAAAAGCUUAAAUUACUGAAAUAUUCAUAAACAUGACGAAUCUGAACUUACGCGUAGAUGAUUAAGUGACUAAAUUUUACAUUGGACAUUUGAUUUGCAAUUUCUCUAUGAAAAAUCGUUUCGGAUUUUAUCCUUUCUUGUUUAGUUUUAUGCAUGAUAACGAUUAAGUUUUUUUCUUUAUUUUGAAUGUUAAAAUUAUUCUUCCAAACCAAAGAUUCAUAAUGGUUCAUUCUAAAAGAAAGGCACCUCAGUAGUACGUAGAUAGUGGUAUUUGGUGGAAUGUUUAGAAAAAAAAUGCCUUGUGAUGCGCAAAGUAGGCGAACUUAUUUGCUUUCUAAUUUCCCGCCCUCGGACUAGUAGAAAUUACAGGUUUAAAGGUUUUUCAAUUUUAAGCCACUUGCCACUGUUUUUAGUGGAAUAAAACACUUAUUUCGAGAGAAACGAUAAAAAAUAAUGUCCUUCCGACUUGAAGCCCUAAUAUACUUAAUAUUACAUUUUAAGGUGUGCUUGCCAUAGCUUUGGGUAUCUUUCAAUAGAAUAGUAAUAAUAAUGGUUGAUGCGUCAGUCCAAUUCGAUUUGGGCCUCGAAGCGUGUGAGAGUCUUCAUUCAAAAUCGUAACGAUACACUAUCGAACUAUUAGUACUAUGUGGUUAGUUUUGCGUUCGCCCAUGAUUAUUACCUCGAGUUGACUGAGGUACUCACUCGCAGUUGAGUCAACUGGUAUCCGAUAUCCAGUGACGAUACAAAUCCCUCUGUCAAUAGAAUGAUCCAAUUUAUUUUGAUGUUCUGAUUAGAAACGAUUUAGAUGUAAGCUCAAAAGGAAAUGGAAAGUGGUAACAUUCCAGUAAUGUUUAAAAUGCAAUAUUGAAUAGAAUUUAUUUUGAAAAUAAACAUAAAGAAUCGAUUAGUUGUAUAGUGAU